UGACAGUUUACACCCAGCUCGACCGCAACGUGGAGUGAGCUGUGGCAAUGCGUGAUGCUGUACGGCCAGAUACGCAGAUUCAUUUAGGGAUAAUGAGGUCACUUUAGGGCCGACAUUAUUCCAGUCACGUCGGAGAAGGCUUUGUGAGGAAAUGCAAAUGUACUGAAAAAAAUAGUUAAGAGAAGUUGGAGUGAAAGAGGAAGCCUUCUCUCCAGUACUCCUUUCACCGGACUGAUUAACUCCAUUUUUUCUUUCCGUUCACGAUGCAGCUUUACGGAGCUCUGGUCCUGUUAAUGACUCUGUCAAUAGCAUCUGGAUUAAGAUGCUACACAUGCACAGCCGCCGACCCUAAAUCCUGCACAGACACCACAUCUUGUCUUGUCAUCUUCAACCGUUGUUUCUCUCUCAGAGUAAACGGUUAUGACGUGAUUACCAAAGGCUGCCAAUCCAGCAUCGCAUGUGUAAGCCCCAUGCAAUGCUGCGAAGGGGACUUGUGUAACAGUGCCAUACCCACUGGUCCCAGUGUCCUCCUCCUGCUGGUAUCCUCAGCCAUCAUCACACUCUUUCUCUGAGGCUCUGGAAUUUUGUUAUUUCUAUGCUGUACGUUUUUCUGACCAAAUUUGUACAACUGAAGAAGAAUAAACAACAUAAAAAUAUUAAACUGCACUGCAAAAACUA